AUGCAGAUCAAAUACCUUCUCUCUGUUCUGUCCCUGUCUGCCGCCGCGGCUGCUGGCGGUAACUUCAUGUCAACCUGUCUUUCAGUUGAAUUGAGAGAAGACCGCCACACCGUCGCGGCUGUUUGCAGGGGUAAUGGGUUCAAGGAGAGAUCUGAACUUGAUUUGAACAAGUGCUAUGCUACUGUUGAAGAUGGAUCUAUUGUUCCUCGCCGAGACGGGAACUUUUACGGCCGUUGCGAAAGCUGCUCGGUCACCUACAAGGGUGUUUUGAUCUGUACCUGCGAGCAAGGAGAGGGCAAAGGCUUUGCCAGGACCGUUGAGGUUGAUUUGAAUGAGCGUAUCUCCAACGUCAAUGGACACAUUCACUGCGAUGUCUCCGAUGGUGGGUACGAUGGGGAAUGUUUUCGGCAGUGGAACGGUGAAGUCGACUGUGAUGAUGAUCGCGUGACCGCCUAG